CUUUAGAAUUGUCCGGUCCUGAGCUUGCCCAAAAGCUCAUCGGAAGCUUGUCCGAUUUCUCCCAAUGCUGUGCAACAUUCGCCGGAAACUCGUAGUAUUAUUUAUUACUGUUGAAUCCUAUGUAUUUACUAUUGAGUUCUCCUAGUUGAAGUUUUCUAUUCCAUGUUGGUGCGAAAAUGCUGCAAUACUGAGCAGGUGGUGAGCGGAAUAGUAGAAAACAGCAAAAUAAGUUUAACCAAAACAACCUGCCAGAGUCUGACUCAGGACAACAUUUCACGCACUUCUAGCAGCGGGAGUAAAGGGGUUCUCGGGCACAGUACGUACGCAGUCUACGUUUGUAUUCCGCCGGACUAAACACAACUCUACCGAAGUGCGAUUUUUUUUUUCUAACACGCCAUAACCCAGUUGACAUUCGCUAACACUUCGUCAUUAUAAACUCACAAAACUGCAAGUUUCGCGAAAAGAGAUGUUAUUGUGCGAAUCGAAUCUUUCGGUGUGUGUUCUGGUUCACUAGUUGCUGAGUUUGCCCAAAGCAAGUGGUAAGCUGCAAGAUUAACUCCCCAGGAAACUUCGUAGAAAUGGGUGGCCAAGCGUUGAGUUUGUCGCAGAAAAUUCUCCCCAACGACACGGUUGACUCACUGCAGUUCGAGAUAAAGAAGCAGGUGCACAUUUUCUCCGAGAUAAACAACCUUGCUUACGAGGACUUUCAGAAAUGCCUCACCGACCUGAACCGACUCUCGCGAAAAUGCCUUGAUCCAAGCGGCAAGCAGCUCGUAUUCGCGGUAAAGAAGGGCACGGAUAAUUCUAUUCUGUGGAAGCGAACAGUCCGCAUCGCCUGUGUGAAGAUUGAACCGGAAACAUGCAAAGUCGACUGUUUCAAGCUGCUGACAUUGCAGCAGUUCUUGCGAGUAUUCCGCACGUUCCAAACAAACCUCCACGCGAUAGUGACUGUGGAGAGCCAGCGAAUACACAGCCCCGCGGGGAGCCCCUCUAAAUCGAGUCGUACGAGUCCGAGCUUUAACAGCAUCGAAAACGUCGAUGGCGAUGCUGACGACGGGCAGACUAAUGAACCGGGUCCGUCUGGGCGGGAGGCAAGAUCGACAACCCCGACUUCCUCAUCCGCGUCCUCCUCCUCGGCUGCGUUUACUUUUCCGGAAGGUACCACUGCUUCGGUGCUGAUGGCCCACGUCGAUGCUAUCACGGCAGCUGAUGCGAUCCCAGGGAUAACUUCUGCCGGCAGCGAUCAGAAUGAGUGUUGCAUCUGUCUGGAGCGCAAACCCGAGGUAUCCUUACCGUGCGCGCACAGCUACUGUAUGCCGUGCAUCGAGCAAUGGAAUAUCCAUCAAAAAACGUGUCCCAUCUGCGACGAAGCAUUGGCGAGCACCAACGACACUUGGGUCCUGUCCGAAAUGCCAGAAGCCGACGAGGUCAGCGAAGAAAUUUGCGCCACGCUAAUGAAACUGUCGGCCGACACGGUGGAUAAUGAAAGCGAGAAGAAUUGGUGGCGCCGCAUGCUGAAUUUGUGAUCUGUGGCUAACCCACACCAGAUGCUUUAAAAUUACUUCUUUUCUCGCGCAUUGUUUGAUUUGUUUUGUUUUUCGCCCGGGAAAAACGUGAAAGUCAAUGAAGAAAGCCGACCAAAACGGAGUCAUCGUUUGCAUUAAUGUUUUAUCUUGUUUAGUUCCCUUCGAAGUUCUAAUUGUUGUCUUUAGCACAGAUUAUUUGUUUUUACAGUCUAGCUGAAAUGCCCCAACAGAUGUUAAUCGUGAACAUUUACACAAAAGUAAUUAGAAUAACGCUCACCUCUGCUACCUAGUCCAUACAAAUAAAAAAAAAAACAAAUGAAAGUAAGCUGCG